UUCGGAAUCACCUUAGAGCGAUUUGGUCGUGGUUCUAUCCUUUUUGGAACCAAACCAAAUUCGAAACCCGUGGUUAUUGAGCUGUGGUCAUCCGCACGAGUAAACGGGACAAGUGGACACUCUGAAAUUGGUAGUCUUCCCUCUGCAAAAUCAUUGUCUAUUCUAUGGUCUAAGAUAUAGGAUAUAGAAUAGAAAAGAAAUACGUAACUAACUCAUCUUGGUUAUCUGUGCCAUACAUAGAGAAAAAAUUUUUGAAAUAAGGGUAAACAAUGGAAGGAGGCGGGGCAGCGGCGGCGAUGGGGCUGAGGGAGGUGGUGGUUGACUCCACUUCCCCUCACAUCCUCAACACUCACCUCAUUCAGUACCAUAAUGGUUUCACUCCACCUAAGUGUCACACCAAGGAAAAGGGAUGGUGGAGGACAGUAGUACUAGCAUAUAAGACACUUGGAGUAGUAUUUGGAGGGCUUGUAACUUCACCUCUAUACGUGUACCCAUCAAUGCCAUUGAAGUCUCCAACGGAAGAGGACUACCUUGGAAUCUAUAGUAUCAUGUUUUGGACUCUUACUCUUAUUGGGGUAGUCAAAUAUUGCUGUUUAGCCCUCAUGGCUGAUGAUCACGGUGAAGGUGGAACAUUUGCCUUGUACUCUUUGCUAUGCAGAAAUAUAAAUAUCAAAAUCCUUUCUUCCAAAAGGGUAGAGUCAAGCUCACGCUCUGUCUCUCAUGAAGGCAUUGGUAGUAAGAGUUGGCUCGGCAAAUUUUUUGAAAGAAGUAUAGUUGCUAGAAGGGUGCUACUUUUCAUUGCUAUGUUAGGAACGUGUAUGCUAAUUGGAGAUGGCAUACUUACCCCGGCAAUCUCAGUAUUGUCUGCAAUGGAUGGAGUGAGAGCACCAUUUCCUUCGGUCAAGAAAUCUUUGGUGGAAGUUCUUUCUGCAGUGAUUCUGGUUGUUCUGUUUCUGUUACAAAAGUUUGGCACCUCUCGAGUAUGUUUUCUUUUUUCCCCUAUCAUGGGUGCGUGGACCUUGUGUACUCCACUGGUGGGGACUUAUAGCAUACUACGACAUUACCCAAGCAUUUUCAAAGCUUUGUCACCACAUUACAUAUUCCACUACUUUUGGAGAAAUGGAAAGGAAGGCUGGUUGUCGCUCGGUGGUACUAUUCUCUGUAUCACAGGCUCUGAGGCAAUGUUUGCUGAUCUUGGUCAUUUUAACAGGAGUUCUAUCCAGAUCGCUUUUUUGUUUACAAUAUAUCCCUCACUUGUUCUGACGUAUGCGGGGCAAACAGCAUACCUUAUCAAGAACCCUAAUGAUCAUAAUGAUGGAUUUUACAAGUUUAUUCCGCAUAAAGUUUAUUGGCCAAUCUUUGUGAUUUCCACAUUGGCAGCAAUCGUUGCAAGCCAGUCACUGAUAUCAGCCACCUUUUCUGUCAUCAAGCAAUCUGUAGUCCUGGACUAUUUCCCUCGAGUUAAGGUGGUGCAUACAUCUUCUAACAAAGAGGGUGAAGUUUACUCCCCAGAAGUCAAUUACAUCCUUAUGGUCCUUUGCAUUGCAGUUAUACUUAUUUUUGGAGACGGAAAAGAUAUCGGAAAUGCUUUUGGUGUUGUUGUUAGUCUAGUAAUGCUGAUUACCACAGUAUUACUUGCACUAGUAAUGAUCAUAAUUUGGAGGACUCCACCAUUGCUGGUUGCACUUUACCUCUCUGUAUUUUUUACAAUGGAAGGUGUUUAUGUCAGUUCAGUUUUAACUAAAAUAUCUGAGGGUGGAUGGAUUCCAUUUGCCAUAUCUUUUAUCCUUGCAUUCAUCAUGUUUGGCUGGUUCUAUGGAAGGCAAAGAAAGACAGAUUAUGAGUUAACUCACAAGAUAGACAUGGGAAGACUUGAAAUGUUAUUGUCCGAGCCGGGCGUCCAACGGGUUCCUGGAUUAUGUUUCUUUUACACAAAUAUUCAAGAUGGCCUGACUCCGAUCCUCGGACAUUAUGUUAAAAACAUGAAAUCUCUACACAAAGUAACUAUUUUCACCACGCUUCGAUACUUGUUGGUUCCUAAGGUUGAUCCAAAUGAGAGGACUGUUGUCAACAAAUUGGGUCACAGAACUUAUGGGUGUGUAAUUCAAUAUGGCUAUGCAGAUUCUCUAAAUCUUGAAGGAGAUGACUUUGUAACUCAAGUUACUGAUAGCUUGCGGCUGCAUAUACAAAACGGUCGCGGCUGUUUACCAGAUGAUUCUCUAGAGGUUCAAGAAGAGAUGUCCGCCUUCGAAGAGGCAAAGCGGGCUGGCGUUGUUCACAUUCGGGGGAAGACGAGGUUUUAUAUAGGCAAGAACUGUGGCUGGUUUGAUAGAAUCAUGCUUGCAUUUUAUGAAGUCAUGCACAGUAAUUGUAGGUCUGCACUGCCAGCUCUUGGUGUGCCGCCACAACAACGAAUUGAGGUUGGAAUGUUAUACGAGGCUUGAAUUAAUGUUAUGAUGGGAUUUAAUUACACUUUUUAUAUCUGAGUUGUAUACACAGGAAUAAAAAAUUAUCAUGGCAGGAGAUUACAGAGUGAAUUUAAUUAUGUAACAUUUUUUAAUCCACUAAGAAGGAUGAAUAAAAAUACAUUCUU